UACGUGAUUUUUCGUCCGUAAUCAUCGGUAUUUUGCAAUUUGGAGGAGUAUAUAAUAAUUAUCGUUAAUUCAUUUUGGAUUUAAUUGUACUAUAAUCCAAGUAAUAUUCAUUUAAUACUCUUACAGUUGAAUCAUGCAGUCCAUCAAAUUGUAUUACAGUCAGUAGCAGCUCUAUCGUAUUUGUUAUCAUCAAAAUAUUAGUCGCAUCUAACUUUGAAGAUGGUUUUACUAUCUUCAUUUACUGUUAAAUCAUUUUAUAGAAAACUUGGUAGACAGUGUACUAAUUUUAAACAUGUACACACAUUCUGUGCUGGAUCUUUACGCUAUGAUGCAAGGACUUUGCCAGCUGAAACUAGGAGGUCGGCAAGAUAUUUCACUACUUCUUUUCGUUUCUACGAUAAAAGCGAACCGAAGAAAGAUGUAAUAAUCCAAGGUGGAAAUAAUCAAAAAUCACAAAAACUUAUAGUACAGAAACCUCAAGGAAAUAUAAGCGUGAAAGCUGAAAUAGGUGAAGAUAGUACUGUUACUAAAGUCACUAUACAGAAGGCCCAAGCUCAAGUAUCUAAGGAGACUGCUCCUCCACCUGUAAAAAAACGACUCCUGAUAGAUUUUUCUGCUUCAUAUACUGAACGUAACUUUAUAACACCCAUGAGAGCCAUGACGGAAUACUUGUUGAAGCAAUCAGACCUAGAGUCUCUCCCGAAGGUAUUGAGGAGAUCUCCAUAUGAGGCAGAACCACCCAUAACUGUGUAUUACAGAAAGGAUGUUGAAGCAAAGGCUAUUGAGGUUUGGGGUUCAAAGGAAGCACUGGAUAAAGAGUUACUAAGAAGAGAAUUAGAUAGGAGAAGAUACGAACAAGAUGUAUUUACUGUCAAAAGGCGAUUAAGGAAUUAUAGGAGGGAAAUGAGCCAUAAAAAAGAUGAUGAGGAAUCCGGAUUGAAGACUCGAUCCGGCCGUGUGGUGCUGACCGCAAUUGGAAUAAACGGUUGCAACUUUUUGUUCAAACUGUGUGCAUGGUGCUACACUGGAUCGCACAGCCUGUUCUCCGAGUGCAUCCACUCGCUAGCCGACACGGUCAACCAACUGAUCCUGGCCUAUGGAAUACAUAAAUCUGUCCAGAUGGCCGAUCCGGACCACCCGUACGGGUACACCAACAUGCGGUACGUGUCGUCGCUCAUAUCCGGAGUGGGUAUCUUCUGCGUGGGCAGCGGACUGUCCUUUUACCACGGCGUCACUGGAAUACUGGACCCCCAGCCGCUCCAUGACUUUUAUUGGGCUUACUUCGUGUUAGGCGGGGCAGUAGUUUCUGAAGGCGCGACAUUAAUGGUCGCUCUGAACUCCUUGCGGAAAGGAGCGAAGGAAGCUGACACCCCGCUAUAUGAAUACAUAAUGCGUAGUUCGGACCCGUCGGUGAACGUGGUGCUGCUCGAGGACACGGCGGCCGUGGCGGGCGUGGUGGUGGCCGCGUCGUGCAUGGCCAUCUCGCAGUACACGGGCAGCCCGCUGCCCGACGCCGUCGGCAGCAUCCUCGUCGGCACCAUCCUGGGCGGCGUGGCCUCCUUUAUUAUACUUAGCAACGUGGGCGCGCUGGUCGGCAGAUCUAUCCCGCAAGAACAGUUGGACGAAAUCAAUAGUGUCUUAGAAAGAGAUUUCAUGAUUCGCGCCAUCCAUGACGUCAAGGGCAUCGAUAUAGGAAGCAAUCUGAUUCGAUACAAGGCUGAAGUGGAUUUCGAUGGCAGAGCACUUACAAGAUCUUAUUUAGAGAAGCACGACUUAAAUGCGUUAUUAGAGGAUAUGAAGAAGAUACAGACAAUCGACGACGUGGAAGCAUUCUUGUUGAAGCACGGAGAGAAUAUAGUAGACAUGUUGGGCGGAGAAAUUGACCGAAUAGAGCUCAAGUUAAGGAAAAAGUUUCCACAAGUACGGCAUUGCGACUUAGAGAUACUUUAAUCUUGCGAAGAUACCUACGUCAGCAAAACUGAAGAUAUUGUAUGUAAUUAUAUAUUUUAGGGGAUUCGUAUUAGUUCGUAUAGUAUACAUAAAUUCUCAGUUAUGUGUGCUGGGGCAGUAUUGUGAUACGUAUAAGUAAUCAGCUAACUCGGAUGGAAACACUUCUCAUUGAAAUAAUUAGUUGUAAAUAUGGAAUGUUCUUAAAAUAAGUUUUUGUUAAGGGACAAAUAUUGUUUUAGACAGAAAAUACGGAUCAUUCUAUAGUUAAAAUUUUCCGAGCUGAUUUUUUGGGCUUAUACCAAAUCUGUUAAAAAACAAGCGGUUACUAACUGCUACAGAUUCCGUCACAAGUGAACGGGAAUAAGCCCAUUUAAAAAGCAAUUUUACCAUCCUAUUUAUAUGGUUCAAUUCAAGUAAAACCUCAUUCGGAGAUACCAAUACUAUACAAUACCUUUUGUUAACAGAUUAGGAGUUGAGCCCAAAAACUCAUUUCAGAAAAUAACAACUACUGGCGUAGAGUAUUUUCACAUCACGAUCUUAUUUCACUAUAAGUCUCGAGUGAUGCUAAACGCUCUACAAAAUAUUAAUUUAUCAAUCUUUGAUAUCUAUAGAAUAGAUAGAGUAAUUCGCCAACAACUGGCCGCCUAAUUUUUAGUUUAGGGUGGCCAAUUACUAACAGUGGCCAAUUACUGGCGAAUUACCCUAUUCGAAAGUUGAAUUUAGAUCAGAUGUGCAUAAUAAAUCAAUAUAGGUACAUACUUGAGAGCGUAAUUUCUAACCCAGAAGAAAUAGUUACUUUAUUUACAAGGAAAAGUUGUUGUUUGACCCAUCGCGCUAAUAUUGAUACCCAAGCAAGCGAUAAUUCUAAAACUGAACCACGAGCGCAGCGAGUGGUUCGAAAAAUUGAAUAUUGAGCCUUGUGCGUGUUUCAUGGCACGAGGACAUACUUGGCUACUGAGUUAAACAAAUUUUCACCACACCAGCAGCACAGAGAGCCUUUAUGAGCUGGUGUGGUGUUACAUAUGUUAAUUAUUACCGAAAUAAACCACGCAGCAGGUCUGUACAGGUAUCUUACUGUCCAAGCCCGAGUCACAGAUAUUUCGAGAUGCACUUUGACUACCGAGAACCCGCGUGGUAGGCACUCGUAAUGUUUGCUCAGAUGCCGGACAACCCGCCCAGCGGGUUGUUUUGUACGCAGAUAUAGACGACCGGUUUCUGGGGUAGUGCGCCGUUUUUUGCCCG